AUGACUAUCGCCGGCUGGCUUACUUUUCUUAGCACUGCUGCAUCUUACUUAGGCAAGCUGUUGAGCUUCGGUGGUCCCAUCUCGAUACCAGCAACUCUUGCCGUAUAUAAGUUUGAUUUUAACACUUUUGUUUAUCUUCUCUUUCUUGCACUCUGUUUUGCAUCGGAUUUGUAUACAAUCCUGUUGGUAUUUCAAGCAGCAGUGAGCAAAUUCACAGAAAUUACUACAACAAUUAUUAACAAUAAUAAAGCUCAAGCUGCAGUUCUUAUCGGAAUAGUGGCUCUCACAAUGGCUCUGUUUUACUUUCCGUCGUUCUCAGUUCUGGCGUACAUAGGUUAUAGGAUCGUGGCUCUGGGAUUCGCCAUUAUUCUACGCAAAACUUAG